AUGGUCCGGCCCUUGGGUCCAGCACGCGUGUGGAGAACCCUUUACUUUGGUGAGCCUGAAGAUAGCUCUGGUUCCUUUUUGAAGGACUCUGGUGCAUAUGACCGUUAUCGUAAGCGAUCUGAUUUCCACAUGACUCUUUCCAAAUGUAAAAUCCCAUUGCGCAAUGCUGAGCAAGUAAUCAGUGACCACAGUAAUGCCAAUGUGAUGCUUGAUAGGAAACAUGGCACUACAAGAAAGCCUUGCAUCAAGGUAAGGCGAAAUGAUCACAAGUACAAUGUGGUGAACUCGUGUAACGGCUUGCUUUGCCUGUCUGAGCCAUUCUCCAAUGACCCUGCUGUUGUGUGCAAUCCAAUAACCGGAGAAUUUAUAAACCUUCCCGAAGGUUCUAAACCUGAGAAUGAAAAGAUUUCAAUCGAUUGUGGAUUCGGAUUCAGUCCAAGGACUAACGAAUAUAAGGUGAUAAGAAUGUUUAAGCAAGGGACCCCUCGUCCUAAUAGGGUGGCUGAGAUACACACACUUGGAGCAGGUUCAUGGAAAUCUGUUGGUAGUGCUCCCUACUUAGCUAGUAAGCUAGCAUUCCCCACCUAUGUGAAAGGAGUGCUUUAUUGGUUUUGCGAUGAGUGGUCAAGUUUUACCAUAAUUUCUUUUGACUUGGAUACUGAAAAGUUGCAAUCAGUUCCAUCCCCGCCUUUUGGACGGGAGGAAUGUCAUAAUGUGGUCUUGGGAGUUUUGGGAGAUUGUAUUUGUGUGUGUCAUACUGAUGGUCUUAAAAUCAAAUUUUGGACACUGAAUGAUUCUGGUGCACAAAAUCUUUGGAGGAAGAAUAUUUCGAUUGAUACCCAAGAUGCUGGAAGGUGGCCGUACGGAUCAUUCAAACCCAUGAAAUACUUGCAGAAUGGGUGUCUGUUGAUGGGUUCAAGUCAGAUUUUGAGGUGUGCAGGGUUGAAGCUGCUAGGAGAGACCAAAGCUCUUUUUCUGGAGGAAGAUAUUGCGGAGUUGGGAUCAGAUUUUUAUUCGACUGACAGUUGCGAAGAUUGCGAAGAUUGUGAAGAUUGA